AUAUAUGAAAAUUUAAAUUGUUAGAAACAUAUAUAUUGUAACAUUAAUCCUUGCGACCAAAUUCAAACAAGCAGUAACGAAGACUAAUUGUCAUUUAAUUCAAUGAUCGCACCCAAGAUCAAAGUCGAAAAUUAUUCUCCAAUUCUGAGACGACUUUAUUCGUCCUUGAUAAAUAUAUUUAUUUUAUUUAUCUGAUGAUAGGUAGUAAUGAAGGCUAUCAAAAAUUUUCAUUUAGACAACGUCGCAACAGAUAUUCGUCGUAAUCUCACCUCAAUAAAUGCUAUUGAACGCGGUGUAGGGACUUCUCUAAAAAAUUUGACAUAUGAGCAAAGUGAAGCUGCAAAGUAUCUUGCAAUUUGGGGAAAAAGUGAAGGUGCUGAUUUAAGUGACAUUACUGAAAAGUAUGGUUUAUUAAUUACAAAAUUAUCGGAAACUGAAAGUGUACUUGCGGAUCGUUAUUCUCAAUAUCGUGGACACUUAAAAGAUAUUCGUGGACGUGAAGAAGCAAUGAAAGAUCAACGUCUAAAGAAGGAAGCACUUUGGAAUAAAAUUGAAAAGGAAGAGCGAAAAGCAAGUAAUUCAAAACGUUCUGAAGCAACUGAACAAAAACUUAAAGAUUUUCAUACAGAAUUGGAAAAAAUCGAGAAAGAAACAAUUGCAGAAGAAACAUCUUUAGAAGAUUUUAAACGGCAAAAAUUACAAACGGCAUUAUUAAUUCAAUUGGAUGCCCUUCUCGAGUUUGGUGAAAAAAUAAUAAUUAUAGCCAAUUACAGCAGGGACAUCGUUGAACAAAUUUCAACGGAAACAACACCACCUGAUGAGCCCAGAAAAACUUAUACAGGACAGGAGAAGACUUCACAAGCUAUUUCAAAUGCUUCUGCCGCUCUUUCUGCAUGGACUCCUAAGCUUCAAUCAAAAAAUCUAGUUCCAGUCAAUGCACCAAUAGCAACUUCUGAUAUAAAUUCACCCUCAUCCGCACCACCAACCGGAUUUAUUGUACCAACGCCGCCUAAAGGAACACCGAAUAGUGAAAAUGUGGAUUUUAAUUUCAGCUCUUCAAAUCGAAAACAUGUAGGUGGAUCGUCUUUAGCUAUAUCCGAUGAUUCAAAUGAAGCGGAUCAUAGCGAUUUGGAUCAUUCUGAAGUAGAAGUAGAAAGUAAUAAAAAUAAGAUUGAUCAAAUGACUGAAACCAAAACAAAAUUCGAAGAAGUUAUUAUAGAUGAAGAAGAAAAUGAAUCUGUUUUUCCUUCAUGUAGUACAGUCCCGAGACCUCCAACACCACCUAAAGCUAGAACUAAUACAUCCGAUGAUUUGGAACAGGAAACAACGUCUUCAAUUACAACUAGAGAAAUUCAGAAUACGAUUAAUGAAAAUGUACAAACUCUUCCGCAUGAACAAAACGAAAAUUCUUCGAAACACGUACACUUUAGUGCAUAAUAUUAAACUCUUAUAUCGCGUUCGUGUAAUUAUUAUAUUAUUAGCUUGUCCUUUAUUAUUAAAACGUUCAAGAUAUG